GGGCGCCGUGUUUUGUGGGCCGUUCGCUUGGAGGCCUUGUCUGGGUCUGGGGAACAUGGCGCUGCCGGCCGCCAGAGCCUGUUGGCGCAGGUUCGUGGGGUCCGCGGCGCUGGCCCGGGGGACUGGGCGACCCUCGAUACUCUUGCUGCCCGUGAGGAGGGAGAGCGCCGCGGCCAACGCGCGCCCCACUGUCAGACCACAGAAUGAUAUGGCCCAUAAGCAGCUCUCAGCCUUCGGAGAGUAUGUGGCUGAAAUCCUGCCCAAGUAUGUCCAACAAGUUCAGGUGUCCUGCUUCAAUGAGUUAGAGAUCUGUAUCCAUCCUGAUGGAGUCAUUCCAGUGCUGACUUUCCUCAAGGAUCACACCAAUGCACAAUUCAGAUCCUUGGCUGACUUGACAGCAGUGGACAUCCCAACCCGGCAGAAUCGUUUUGAGAUUGUCUACAACCUGCUGUCUCUGCGUUUCAACUCUCGGAUCCGUGUGAAGACCUACACAGAUGAGCUGACGCCCAUCGAGUCCAUUGUCUCUGUGCACAAGGCAGCCAACUGGUAUGAGAGGGAGAUCUGGGACAUGUUUGGAGUCUUCUUUGCUAACCACCCUGACCUAAGAAGAAUCUUGACAGAUUAUGGCUUUGAGGGACAUCCUUUCCGGAAAGACUUCCCCCUGUCUGGCUAUGUUGAGGUAAGAGAUUUGGAACUGGGCGUGAUGGCUCACGCCUGUAAUCCCAGCACUUUGA